AUGACCAGCUCCAAGGGCCGCAGUGGUUUGGGUCUUGAUUCUAAUACUGCUGGGACACCUGCAGAUCACCGCAAUACCCUUGCCCUUGGGUCUUAUCUGCACGCCCUCUCCGAACAAUCCAUGCUCGAUAAAUUCGUUUACGACACCUCCACCCUACAGGAUCGCCUCCUUCAAGGAACCCUCCACCCUACCACUGGUGGCACCACCAUUGCCGCCAAUACCUACCAUACGCAAGCCAAACUCCCGGACCAGACAUUUUGA